CCCGGCGUGCAGCGCGGCGCGCGGAGCCGUCCGCGGGGCGCUUGGCCCAGGCGGCGGAAGCAGUGGUGUCUCGUUGUGGGGUUGUGCGUGUACCGGCGGCCGGAGGCGAAGAGGCGGGGUCGACAUGGAAGUGAAGGAUGCCAAUUCUGCGCUGCUCAGUAACUAUGAGGUGUUCCAGUUACUAACUGAUCUGAAAGAGCAGCGUAAAGAAAGUGGAAAGAAUAAACACAGUUCGGGGCAACAGAACUUGAAUACUAUCACCUAUGAAACAUUAAAAUACAUAUCAAAAACACCAUGCAGGCAUCAGAGUCCUGAGAUUGUCAGAGAAUUUCUCACGGCAAUGAAAAGCCACAAGUUGACCAAAGCUGAAAAGCUUCAGCUGCUGAACCACAGGCCUGUGACUGCUGUUGAGAUCCAGCUGAUGGUGGAGGAGAGUGAAGAACGGCUGACAGAGGAGCAGAUCGAAGCUCUGCUCCAGACCGUCACAAGCAUUCUCCCUGCAGGCCCAGAGGCAGAGCAGAAGAAAAACACCAACAAUGAUGUGACAAUGGAUGAAGAGGACCCAGCGUAGAAGAGCACAGCUGGCCCAAGUGUCCUGUGAAGUUGAAAGGCCCACCAGCUGUUUCCCAGAUGUUCAGAGGAUUGUUUAUUUGGUUUUACCUUCAACAGGCCUGAUUUCUUGGUUAGUUGGGUAAACCACAGACAUAAGCCCUUCUCAGAAAUAAGCUAAAAAGAAAUCCUUGUACCUCUGGGAGAAGGAUCAUGUGGAAGACAGGCUGAGAUUGUCAGGGCAGAAAACUUAAGAGAGGAGGACAGCGUUGAAGAGGACAAUGACUGUGGAACCCUCUGUGGUAAAAGCAUUUCUUCUGUGGCCUUUGCCACAGUUGUGGGAAGGUCCCUGCACACAGCUGCUAAAAUACUUGUGUUGCUUUUGAUGGGCUGCAUCCUAAUUAGUUUCAUCUGCUUCCCCAGGAACUUCCCAAGCAGGGGGAAGAGCCCUGUUGGGAUGAGAACUGAGUUAUGAGAAUCCAGCUAGAUGGCUAAAAACUCCCAAAGCCGCAAAUAGUUGCUCUAAGUUAAAAUGAGACACUGAACUUGGCUCACCUUAGAGGACUUUUUUCCUUGAAAACAGCAGAGAUAAGAAAAGAACGACCUGGCCAGCCCUUCAUUGGGUCUAAAGGCUCCUUUCCUCUGCUGGCAUGAGCUUUGUUUAUCGGCUCGCUAGUUAGUCUUAAAAGUUAGGGCACCAGCUCACUUCAGUUGAAAAGAGGCGCUCCAGACUGAAUGACAGUGGCAGCAGAAAUACAGCGUCGCCUGCCUUUCUGAUCAUCUUCAGUUUCCUGCCCCGUGACAAGUGCUGCCCCCCUUGAGGCCAGGUGAGCUUUAUUUGCACAACAGGCAAAUUGUUUGCAUUUUUAAAAAGGGCACAAUUAUGUAGCUCUUUUCAUGGACAGAAUAUGAAGAACUCUCGAGGUUAAUAAGAAUUUUGAACUUGUUGGCUGUUGCAAGGUUGCAUUAGUUUUUUUGAAUUUAACAUGGUAGAAUAAUUACCAUGUGAAGAACUUAUUAAUAUUCAGGCUUUGGAGAGUUUAAUAGCUCCAGACAUGUGGUUGCCUUAGGUCCUAGGAAUAUUGUUAAAAAUUAAUUUUCCCCAUUCACUUUGUUCCCUAUUUGGGGAAGAAAAUGCCCAUAGACAUUAAUUUUUCAAAUUGGUAUUCAUUUUCUUGUAAGAUUACAUAUUUUCAGUGCUCUGUUAAUUGGAUUACUUCCCACCCCCUGCAACUCACCGGUUAUUUGAGCCUCCCCACCACCCCAGUCAGUCGCAGUUACGUUAAGGAUCAGUUGAUCUGCUUAGGCAACAUUCACAUUAACAGGGCAUUUAUUUUGAAAUCGCUCUUGAGUAUUGGGAAUUUUACCAGGAGCUGUUGGUUUGUCAAAGCAUACAUGUGCUUAUGACAUUGUUGUUUCAUUUUGACCUUGAGUGUGUUAGGUACUUUUUCUUGGUGGAUUUAUGGCUAAAUUAGUUAAUAAUAAAUUGUUCUCAGGUGACUGCCAACUUGUGCUGUUUUUAUAAAUCUUUGAAGAGUUUGUUUUGCCGUGGGUAGAAAGAAAUAAAAUGAAAUCUGACUUACAAGCUUACAUACAAAUACACAUGUGUGUGUGUAUAUAUAUGUAAAUUUAAAUUUAUGUACGUACAUACAUACAUGUUUGGUGUUUUUUCCUUAAGUUGAAUUUGUUUAGAUCUGAAUUCUGUGUUGGAUUUCAAGAAAAUUUUAAGUUUCUAUAUUUGGUACCUGAAUUUAGCCUCAGUUUCUGAUUAAGCCAGGCAGGGUCUGGAAGACUUAACCUUUAUAAGAAACAUAGUUUGUGUAAUAUUCCUGUCACAUUAAUAAUCAACAUGUCAGAAGGAAAAAGUUGUAAUUUACAUAAGAAACGUAACCAAGAUCACAUUUAGGGAGGAGAGCUGGGGAGUCUAAGAGACUUGCUUUUCAUUUUAUAUCCUUCUAUGUAGUUUCAGUUUUUGACUAGGUGACUCUUUUUAUUCUUUAAAAAGAAAAGUAUGUUUAUUUGCAGUUAAAUCAUGUCCCAAACAUGGAGGCUGACACCCAGUCCAGUCACUCUGGGAGAAGCAGCACUGGGGGAAGCCAAUCUGUCACAAGGUACUACUGAGCUCUUGAAAAAUGAAGUUGACUUCCAGUUAGAGGUUUAUCCAAAUAAUUUACUUGCCUCUUUUUGCUUAAAAGUUACUGUAUGACCCACUCCCACCUCAGAGGAUUUCCUAUUUAUUCAAGGUUGAUUUAUAAAAUAAUGGGUACUGUUUCCCUAAUCAGUCAUUGUGUAACCAUACCAGCUCUUCAGAGCUUAUACCGUAGUGAGAGGUGAGUGAAUUAAUCCUCUAGUAUAUUCUUCGUUAAAUCAUUUCCCCCCCAAAACCAAUUUAUUACCAUUAUGUAAAUAGAUCAUUUCUCAGUAAACUGUAAAACAGAUCACAUACCAUGAAAAGCAUCGUCAACCUUAUUUAAUUACAUAAUGAACAAAGGGAAUAAAAGGAAGCAAAACUGCCCAGAAAUCCUUUUACAUAUUUAAAAAAGUAAGAUAAUUCACAUACCACAUGCCAUUUGGUGGCUCUGAGUAUAAUCACAAGAUUGUACAAUUAUCACUAGUACCUAAUUCUGGAAUGGUUUCAUCAUCCCUAAUAGAAGCUCCAUAUCUUAUAGCAGUCCCUCUCCAUCACCAUUUUCCCAUGGUCCCUGGCAACCACUGAUCUACUUUCUACUUUUCUCUGUAUUUACCCAUUCUGGACAUUUCAUAUAAAUUAAUUCAUACAGUGUAUGGCCUUUUGUAUCCUGACUUCUUUCACUUAGCAUAUUUUCAAGGUGCAAAUAUGUUGUACCAUUCCUUUUUAUGGCUGAAUAAUAUGUCAUUGAACGGCUGUACUACAUUUUGUUUAUCCAUUCAUCAGUUGGUGGACAUUUGCGUUGCGUCUACUCUUUGGUUGUUACAAAUAUGCUUCUGUGAACAUUCAUGUAUAAAUUUUUUGUGACUGUUUUCCUUUCUUGCAUAUACCUAGGAGUGGAAUUCUUGGGUCAUAUGGUAACUCUGUGUUUAACUUUUUGAUGAACUACUGAACGAUUUUCCAUAGUAUCCGUACCAUUUCAUGUUUCCACCCACAGUGUAAGAUGGAAUCCAGUCCCUCACUUGCUAUUGUCCCUCUUAUUGAUCAUAGCCAUCCUGGUGGUUGUGAAGUGCUAUCUUACCGUGGUUCUGAUUUUUAUUUCCCUAAUAGCUAUUGAUGUGGAACAUCUUUUCAUGUUCUUAUUGGCCAUUUGUACAUCUUCUUUGGGAAAAUGUCUUAUUAAAAUCCUUUGUACUUAAAAAAAUUAAUAGCCUUUGUUUUUUCAAGGAGUUUUAGGUUUACAGAGAAAUUGAGCAGGAAGUACAGAGUUCCUCUAUAGUCCUUAGCCCCCCCACAGCAGUUUCCCCUGUUCACAUCUCUUGCAUCAGUGUGGUACAUUGUUAAAGCUGAUGAACUAGUAUUGAUACUUAAAGUCCAUAGUUUACAUUAGGUUCGUUCUUUGUGUUGUACAUUAGAAAGUACAGUAAUACACAGAAUGGAUUUUGACAAGUACAUAAUAUUAUAUACAUAAUGUUAUAUAUAACACCAUUACAGUAUCAGAAUAUUUUCAAUACCCUAAAAAUACCUUGUGCUCUACCUACUCAUAUCUCCUUCCCUUCUGCAUCUCUGGCAACCACUGAUCUUUUCACUGCCUCCAUACUUUUGCCUUUUUCAAGAAUGUCUUAUACUCUGAAGAGUAACUCAAAGUCCUAUGAAGAUGUAAGGAUCUCCAAUAAAGGCAAAUAAACAUGGAUGAAUAAAAACGUAUUAUUAUAA